AUGGGUAUUCAAUGUCUUCUUCAGUCUCUUAAGUCUAUACAGACAAAAAUUUCUAUCUCGAAAUAUGCUGGUAAAACAGUUGGUGUUGACGCAUAUUGUUGGUUACAUAAGGGUAUUCAUACUUGUAUUUUCGAGUUGGUCCAGAACCAACCUACUACGAAAUAUGUUGAUUUCUGCAUGAGACGCGUAAAAAUGUUACAAAGUUUCGAUGUACGUCCAUUCUUGGUAUUUGAUGGUGGAUCCUUACCUGCAAAACUCCAAACAGAUGUUAAACGUGAAGAGAAACGUCAAGAAUAUCGUAAAUUAGGUCAAAAACUUUAUAAAGAGGGACGAUAUGAGGAUGCUCUAAAUAUAUUAGCAAGAGGUGUUGAUGUUACCCCGGAAAUGGCUUACAAAAAUAUCGAUUAUGUUGUAGCCCCUUACGAAGCUGAUGCACAAUUAGCAUAUCUUGAAAAGAAAAAUCGAAUUAGUGCUAUAAUUACCGAAGAUUCCGAUUUCCUUGUAUUCGGAUGUAAAACUGUAUAUGGGGGUGGUAUCGAAAUAUGUCGAGAUAAUUUCGGAAAAGUUCAAGAAUUAAAUAUGGUUGGUUGGACGGAUAAACAAUUUCGUGAAAUGACAAUGUUAUCUGGUUGUGAUUAUUUGGAAUCAAUCUCUGGAAUUGGAUUAAAAUCUGCUUAUAAGUAUGUAAAGAAAUAUAGAAGUGUUGAAAAGGUUUUGACGUUAUUAGUAAAUAACGGUAAAACCGUAGUACCACCUGAUUAUUUGAAUAAUUUUAAACGAGCAGAAUUGGUAUUUUUGUAUCAGCGCGUGUUUGACCUUGACACCAGAAGUAUUGUCACAUUAAAUCCUAUCCCUGAAGAAUUGGACAUCACGACUGAUAAUGAUUACAUUGGACCGGAAAUCGAACCUAUCAUUGCAAUUGGAAUUGCAUCAGGGGAACUUGAUCCAUUCACUAAAAAACCUAUUUCAAAAUCAAAGAAAUUGGAAAGAACCAUUGUGCUCCCGGAGAAUUCAAGUUUCUAUUUUGGUGGCCAAACAAGUAAUAAAAAUUUACCAGCGAAAGCAAAUUGGUAUUCGAUAAAAGAAUUCUCUACCAAAAAAGAUUCUCAGAUAGGUAAAGAAGGAGGAAUAAAAGAUGGAAUUAAAGCAGGAGAAUUGGAAGGUCAAACACUUGGUUGUGAAAAAGGAUUUGAAUUAUUACAAGAAAUAGGAUUUUAUGAUGGUGUAGCUGAAAUGUGGAUAAAAAUCUUAAAAAAAGGAUGGAAUAAGAAGUCAACAAAUGAAAGUACUGAGACACCUAGACAAUAUCUUGAGAGAUUACAAUACACUCUUUCAAAAUCAAAAUUAGCCACUAUGUUAGCUAAAAGACCAACCGCAUUUUAUCAAUCAGCUCUUAAAGUUUAUAUGGAAAUCUUUGAUUUUGAAAAUGAUCCAAUUGAUAUUGCUUUAAGGAAAUUUUUAAUGGAAUGUCAUCUUCCCAAAGAAACUCAACAAAUUGAUCAAGAUGAUACAGAUGUAAAUGGGCAAUCAAUAAUUGAAUCACCAACUGAUCACCGUACAUUAAAACUUUUCUCAUCAUUAAAAGAUAGGAGAAAAUCAUCAAUACGCAAUAGGAAUGAUCCUUAUUGGGUGAUUCAAACGAAAUUACCUACGGAUUUUAAACCUAAUAUUGAAGACAUAGUUCCAAUGGAAAAUCCUUAUUCAUAUAUAGGAACUUUACAAUCACUUGAUGUGGGAGAUUUACAUCGUGCUUUUUCUUCUGCUCAAUCGAUUCGAGUUAUUGGAGGAGGUAAAUUAGGUAGAAAAGUUGAUAUGAUUGAUGGUAAAAGGACUGGAAAUUUUAUACGUAAUUGGAAACAAUAUGGUGUAAUAUUAAGUGGAAGUCAAUUGAUGUUCUUUAAAGAUGAAAUUUGGUUUAAUACUCAAAUGAAUGAAUUAAAGAAUCCCGAGAAAUCCAAAAAAUUACCAACACUACGACCUGAUAUAAUAUUAAUGACCGCAGAAUCUGUUGCGGUAUAUGAUAAGAACUAUAUGAAAUAUCCUAAUGUAUUUCGACUUGUAUGUCCUAAAGGUCAUAAAAAGAAUUUACAUGUUGGAUUUAAAUUUGAUGAUAGUAAAGAUUCUCAAAGUAGAGCUAAUUUACUUCGAUCAAAAAUUGACGAACUUCAGGAAAGAAUAUCAAAUCUUACUUCACAACUUCAAAUCGAAAUUAGAUUUCGAAAUAAUCUUAUUUUAAUGAUUCCAUAUAAAGCUUCCACUAGAGAUCGUAUAAUACAAAUCGCAACUAUGAUAUCUCAAAAACUUAAACUUACUUGUUUAGAAUUGAGUCGAUUAGUUUGUUAUCAUGAAAUAUUGGAAAAGGAUUUAUGUGCUACCGUAAUGGACAAUAGUAAUUAUUGGCAACAUAGAAAUAGUAUGUAUAGAGUUGGUGUUGAACAAUUAAAUAAACCUCUUCCUUCUCAUCCUCUUAAUAAAGGUGAUCAUAAUGAAGAUAAUAAAGAUAAUGGAGAUAAUGGAGAUGGUGAAGAUGAUGGAGAUGAAGAAGACAAUAAACAUAUUAAAGAUAAUAAAGACAAUAAAUACAAUAAACAUAUUAAAGACAAUAAAGAUAGAAUCAAUCAAAAUAAUCUAGAAAGAGAUAAUUCAACUAAUAAAAUUACAAGUAUUAGAUUUUCAGAAAAAAGAUUAACGGAAAGGAAUGCAAGAGCAGUAUCAUUAAAUCUAUUAAGCAAAUCAUCAUCAUCUUCAAUACCUUAUUCAAGUGAUGUAUCAUCAACAUCUGAUUCUAGUCGUACUACAUUAUCCCGAUCAACUACUAUUGAUAGUGAAGAUUUUACCAACUUUUUAAUGAAUAAUUCAAAUAAUUCGGAAUUCGAAAUGGUUGGUGUUGGGGUGUAA